UCAAACAAAAAAUUGUGUUUUGUCAUUCCGCCGCUUGCAAAUUUAACAAUUGUCUGCAAAAACUCUAUAUUUACAAAUAUUUCUAAAUAAUAUAUUAAAAUGCAAUUGGAACUAACUAGAGACGUACCAAAAUCUGGUUUCAAUUUUGAAAACUGCAAAAGAAAUGCAGAUCUUUUGAGGAAUGGAUUCCAAGCUCCUAAAACUGUUAAAACUGGUACCACUAUUGCAGGCAUUGUUUUUAAGGAUGGUGUCAUUUUAGGCGCUGAUACACGUGCCACCGAAGGUCCUAUUGUCUCGGAUAAAAAUUGUUCAAAAAUUCAUUAUUUAGCCAAAAAUAUGUACUGUUGCGGUGCUGGUACAGCUGCGGAUACUGAAAUGACUACCGAUAUGAUUGCUUCACAAUUGGAAUUGCAUCGUCUUAAUACCGGUCGUCAAGUACCAGUUGUGGCAGCAAACACUUUGUUAAAACAAAUGUUGUUCCGUUACCAAGGCCAUAUUAGUGCUGCUUUGGUAUUGGGAGGUGUCGACAAAACUGGCUCAUAUAUUUAUUCGAUACAUCCUCAUGGCUCGACAGACAAAUUGCCAUAUGUAACUAUGGGCUCUGGAAGCUUGGCUGCAAUGUCAGUUUUUGAAGCGCGCUGGAAACCCGAUAUGACUGAAGAAGAGGGUAAAAAAUUGGUGCGUGAUGCUAUAGCGGCUGGUGUCUUUAAUGAUUUGGGUUCAGGUUCCAACAUUGAUUUAUGUGUAAUUCGCAAGGAUUCCACCGAAUACUUACGCAAUUAUGAAUUGGCCAACAAAAAGGGAGAAAGACAGCUAAACUAUGCUUUCAAAUUAGGAACAACUGCUGUUUUGGAUACAAAAAUUAAGCAAUUCGAUAUAACUGAAGAGGUCCAAUUUGUACCUAUGGAAACUGCUUAAUUUUUUAAUAUUUAUACUUUAACAUACUGAAAGAAAAAAAAACAAUUUAUAAAAUUAGUUUUUUACAAUUUCUUUUAAUUAAAUAAAUUCUAUAAACGUUGGAGGAA